AAAAUAGGGAAGACGCUAACGGAUGGAGCCGUGGUAUUCACCUUGCUGAGGUUGUUAUCAAGACACCUGUUAGACGUAGCCAGCAUAUGUCUUCAACCCUUGACACAUACUGUUUUGUCUUGUAAAUCCACAUCACCAUCAGUGGACUUUGAAGCUGAAUCAGGUCCUUGGGCAGACGACCCAGCCAACCCGGGUAGACGCCGAACCGCGACCACGUUGCGUUCGACUACCUGUGGAAACGUUCCCCGCAGCGAUUCAAUUCGCCGGGAGGGACUUUAGACCCGGCGCCAGGAUUACUGAUUGCCUGAGCUCUUGCUGCUCUUUCCCUUUUGGUUGGCUUGCUGUGGAACGCCUUGGGUCCCUCUACAUGCCGAGCAAGGCCCUUGUUCAAAAGCAUGGGUAGCCCCAUUAAAGCAUCUCUUUGCCCAAACAACCACUAUUACUUGUCUAUAGUGUCCCUCGAAAUAAGGUGAGCAAGAAUCUCAAGAAACGCUGCGUGGCUAUUCUACAAACCACCAUCAACACUUCCGCAUCGCCUUCCUCUUUCUAAACAUCGACCUUCCCAGCUGUGAUAGCAGCUGCUUGAACUAUUCGGGUGUUGAGUAUCAUACUAGAGUUCUUUAGCCGUCGGCACCAGCUAUACGACACCUCUUCAUCCGUCGUCAAAUUGAUUCAGUUCCACGCUCAGCCUCGAAUUCCUAGGUUGCUCCUGAGCUCCAUGCGGGAAUGUACAGAGCACCAAACAUUACUGCAUAUUCCUGACCACCACAAACAGAAAAGUUGGUAGAACGCUUUUGACGCCAUCAGCCACAGUACCUAUUCGAAAAGCAAGCCAUCCCCUGAGCUCCCCUACUCAUAAUCUCAACUUCUUGGAAGCCCCAGCAGAGCUGAGCCACCACAGGUCGACUGUCACAUCAACCAACUAAUACAAACGAACGACGGAAGUGUUGAGAACGAUAUCAUUCACUCGUUAAUUACAACCAAGCUCUCAGCAUCUUUUAUUCUUAUCUCCGAAAGAAUGCACUUGAUUUGCCAACGCCCAAGAUUAUAGCAGAACGACAACCAGAGGGUACGAUCCACCGCUCUCCCGAACUAGUGUAUGUGUAUGUUCGCGACCUUACUUUCUGUGGAUAGAACAUGGAUGAAUACUACCAGCACUUUCUCUCCAAUAUGGCUGGCGCCAAUAGCCAGCCGAUGAGGAUCCCCGACAGUAUUAAUCAGUCCCCUAUCUCUCCUACAGCUGGGUCGACGACUUUUCACAACUUCAGUUACCUUCCUGAUUUUUCAGAAAUCUCUGGAACCGGAUCUUCAAAAGCCCAAAAAGGGAGGCGAAAGUCUGCAUCAAGCGCUUCCGGUGUCGAUGCUGUUAAACAUCGGCGCACAAGAUCAGGAUGCUUUACAUGCCGAAGCAGAAGGGUAAAGUGUGACGAGACUCGACCUAUCUGUGAACGCUGCCGCAAAGGCAGCCGUGAUUGUGUCUACCCUGAUCCCCCAGUGACCAAGACAUCGAAAACGAAAGACAGCGCCCCGGGUGCUACCCAGACGACACCGACCUCAUCGAAUGGUGACAUAGAUGAAGAAAAGGACGAAGAAGGGGAUGUCAAGCUGGCUACUAUUGUUGAUGAAGACGAACAUGACGAGAGGGAAGGGUUAACGACAACCCCUAGCACUACUAGUGGGAUACAAGCUUCAUCUUUCCGCUUUGGCAACACAUCAGAUGAUAAAUCAUUGUCUCCCACGACAAUGGCUGUCGCUGCAAACUCAGGCCAUUUGGCAACAGACAUGGCACAGUUGGCAGACGAACUUUCCGGACAUCCCAACUGGUCCCAUUUAAUGCCAGAGUUUCAACAUUAUCUGGAAGUGUUCAGAUCCAAAAUGUCCAGCUACGAUUACGGUAUUACAAACGAUUCAGAUGGAUUCUUUCAAACCACUCUUCUGAAUCUUGCGGUUCGCGACGAAGGGUUACUCAACGCUGUAACAGCCUUCGCUGCAUACCAUGAGGUGCUCCAAGAACCACACGGCCAACUGUCAAUCUUUUUGAAGUACUACAACAGGAGUGUUAAGAUUUUAAUUGAAAGUCUGAAGCGCACUGAUUCCUACAGCAUUACAACACUGUUGACGAUACUGCAGCUCGCAACUAUAGAAGAAUACCUAGGUGAUUGGGCCAACCUGAUGGGACACCAGAAGGCUGCCUACGAGAUUAUCGUGAAGCUUUUUAACCCCACUACUAUCAUGCAAAGUUCCAUCGGGAGAAUGACUUUGCAGUGGUACGUUCAGUAUGACGUGAUUGUUGCUUUGCUAGGCGCAUUUCCGACAGCGUUGCCAGAUCCGUGGUUCACGACAGCUGUACGCUUUUACCAAGAACAAAUCGCACUUCAUCCGACGGAUGUUAACUGGAAAAUCGACGAACUCAACGCCAGCAUGUACAUAAUUCAAAGGGACAUGGCACAUCUUUAUUCUCGGAUAGCAAAACAGCAAAUCCCGGAGAAUGUUGCGGUUCUAGAACAUGACACCAUCACACGCCAGCUCUUAGAAUGGAAGCAAUCCUGGGACCCAAGCCUUGUCGACUCACGAUUCGCCGUUCCAGAAGAAGCCUUAGCUGGAUCAGCUAUGCCAGGCGAUAUUGUGGACGUAUUUACACCAGGGAUUCUCUUUGACAACCCUCUUCUGAGCACUACGAUCAAUACAGCUCACUGGCACGGCCAAAUGCUGUUGCACAAGACACAGCAUCCCCUCAGUACCCCAGACUCAAUACGAGAAGAACUGGCAUCCUAUGCUUACAUUAUUUGCCAAAUAAUUGCAAGUCUGGAAGCUUGGCCAAAGACACCGUCUGGUGUACUUCCGAUGAUGCACCACAACCUAUCGAUGGCCGCUUAUUUUCUUCCACGAGACGCGCGCCACAUUGCGUGGCUUGGCCGAAGAUUCGCCCUUGUAGAAUCACUGGGUUAUGUUUGCUCAACUACUCGUCGUGAACAGGUGGCAGUGCUCUUAGAACAGCCCCUUUUCCGUCAUUGGUGGUUGCCAAAUGAGGAGGGCUUUACCCCAAUUUUGAAAUCGAUCCGAGCAUUUGCUGCGGAACGCAACUCUAUUAGACUUACGGAAGAGCAAGAGCUUGUUCGUGAAGUUGGACACUUGUUCCGCAAGCUUCAGCCGUAAAGGAGACUACUAUUUCGGAAGGGGGAUGUUGGACGUGGUUCUCUUUCUCUAACCAAAAGCAGCAGUACGUUUCCUGUCAACAAAAGACUUUGGCAAGUCAGAAUAUUCAAAACCAUCCAGUCAGUUUCUAUGCUUCCAAUACUGUUGUGAGAUUGACGAAAGUCCUCACACAGCUGUCAAUGACAACUGCCGUCUUUGUAGCCUUUUGAAAUACGGUCCCCUUUCUGGACCGGGCUACACUGACGCGGUAUGGGGAUCAUUAAAUUCUUUUUGAUCUAUGCAUAGAUGACUCGCUAGCUGGGUUUGGCAUAAUAAGGACCACGGUUCUGGUUUAUGACUAUUCGACAGCCAUUUAUAAUGUAGCUGGAUGAAUAACACUUGCUCUUGAUAGAGAGCGUACGUUGAUAUUAGAAAAAAAAUACUAUAAUACUUAAUUGUUCACGCUACAACACCCCCUAAUAUGUAAUUAUAGUCACUCAUUUUCUGUUGAUACACUUUGUUGGUUCACAAAAAGAAUUGCCGGGCCUGGUAAAUUAAGCAGCAUCCUUUGCGGAUUCGUCGGCUGCAUCGCCAGUCGUUACUUUGUUCAAGUCAGACUCCUCACUUUUGGAUGUUUCCAAAGUUCCAGAUUCGUUAGCUUUGGCGUGCUUAGUAGUUUGUCCCUCGCCUUGGUUGGUGGUAGGGUUGGUGGGUUUUGUGGCAUCCGCAGUCGCAUCAUCUGUGAUGCUAGUCACCGUGGCCACUAUGUGCUCCUCUGUAUCCUCAGUCUUUUUGGCAUGUCCUUCCUCUUCGCUACCUUCGUCAUUCUUCGCAUCACUGGCACUGGGCACCGUUGGUGGGUGGGUGUCAACAGUAGCUGGCGCCUCCUCUUCCUCUGAUGGGUCCGGUGGUGGAAGCUUCUGGUGGGUAGCAGACGGGGGCAAUUCUGGUUCGUCAUACUUUGAAUCUAGAAUCAUUUCUAGGGUCUUUGCUUCAGAAGGAAUAGCGGAUGGCAAAGGGGUAACGUCGUCCGGCGCGAUGCUCGCGAUCGACAUGCUGUCAAUUCCUCUCGACAAAGCAUCUGCCUCAUCUUCAUCAGCUUCAAUGACGGUGGUUACUGCACUGCCAGUCGAGGGACUGCUUCUAAUGUGUCUUCUCGUGUUCGUGCGAGCGGCAGAGAGGUGGCUGUUGUCGGUCUCCUCUGAUUCAGGUUCAGCCACAGAAGGCUCCAAUGGAGGUUUCAGAAUAGUUGGUCGCAGCUGCUGUUCCGAGUCCUCCUCUGCGCUUUCAGCCUCCAGGCCCUCAGCCUCAGGGGGCAAUUUGUAGUUUUCGGCGGGUAACAGGUCGUAAAUGUCACAAACGGUUUUGAAGAAGACAUAGAGGCCAGUUUGACCUUCGACGGUCCAGAAUACGUCGCGGUGCUGGAACCAAGCAUGCGCGAAUAUCCUGUGCAGGCGGCGAAAGACAUUGACCAAGUUUUUGACGCCGACGUUCUUGCUGUGCGGAUCGCUGACAACCAAGCAUCGGCUGGGGAAGAGUUUUUGAUCGGAGACUACAUUGGCGGCCCAGUCAAGAGUAUGGCAGCAGUAGUCGAUGGCGCAGCAGCUCUUGGGUUGCUCAUGUACAGCACAUAAGAAUUGCCAUUCAGACGCACGCAUCUCGGGGCAUGUGCUGGCGCUGCAAGGAGGCGUGUCGAAGAGGAAGCCCACCACCAACGUGUUGCAUUGGGCGAUGAGAAAUCGGCAGAGUUCGUAGAGCCAUAGUGUUCUGUCAAUGCCAGUGGGUGGUUGUGUCAGCUGAAGCGCUGUUGUUCGAUCGACCUGGCGUGUGCCUUGGGCAGUGUGGUGGUAAUGCAGGGCGGCUAAAUGCUCUUGCAACGAAAACGCAGAGUCAAGCUGUCACGAGUCGGUUAGCGUGGCGAGGGCGGACGGUGCAAUGACGAUGAAUACAAACCUCGGCGAGGGGGACUAAAGGCGGCCCGGUUGCCAUGUCGGCGGACUUGGUGCCGGGGUGAAUUCGUCGCUUCGAAUGCGCAUCGAUGACUGUCUGUUCCAUCUCGGUAGCUUGCAGCGUAGCCGCCGGACCCCCCGACGGCGAGUUUGGCGUAACCUGAAUUUCUGCAGCCGGCGGAGGGCUUGGUAAGCGUGGGGAGCUUGGUGGCAUCGACAUUGUGGGCGGAGCGGUGUGGUGAUGUCAAGCAGAG